UUUUGCCAAGUGAACUGGGUCAGAGUUCAAGCACUCAUCACAAACCAUUCAACCACUUUUCAUUAGCAUAUUCUGCCGGAUUGGACGGAUACCUUUGUCAUUUGGUGCGAGGAGUUUGUCUGUGGUUCUGUAAUCAAAGUUUAUAGUGUGUUUUCUGGCACGGUUUCUGUUUCCAUCUCUCAGUGUAUUUCUCUAUAUUCCAAACAUGUCUUCUGCAGCCCAACAGCUUGCAGACCUUGCAAAUGACAAAAAAACAAUUCUUCAUAUGGCAGAUCAAGAUUUGAAUGAAGUUGUUUGCUUCCCUGAACUUCUGGACAAAUCUACACUCGUCCAGCUUACGGAUGCGUUUGUUCAUGCCUACGAAUUGGCCAAGCAUCUUGGUUUCGGCAAGCCGAUUUCCAUCAUGAAUCAAUAUUCUCAAGGAAGUUGUGUGUUUCAAACCGCCCGCGAGAAGAGAGAGCAAUCUGGACUCGUAGUAAGUACGACUGUGGCUUCUCACAACGCACUUCGAAGUGCCUUGCACUGUAACAAAGUUAUGGACCAGAUUUCUUCUCAAUUAUAGUGGGAAAAGGUCCAACGGGUGCUUUUUUAUUAUUCUAUUACUGUAAUCGCAACUUCCUCUCCAAAGUUAUUCAUCUUACACAUGUAAGCAUCCUGUUUUCUUUUCUUUUUUUCUUGUGUCCAAGAGAACAACGCAUGAGUUCACGAACAAACCUAGUUCGCCUGCAUCAUGUACUUCUUUGCAUUCUAAUUACCAUCUAAUCCAACAUUAUAGAACGUAACCAAGAAGCCUAAACUAUUGUUUCUUAUGUAUCAAUACUGUUGCAUAUCUUCGCUUAGAUACGAUAACCUAAAACAACUUAAGCUUAUCAUUUCUACCCUCUCCCCCGCUAUCUCGCACAACAACCUCCACCGAUGCCACCGCUCAAUUUUUUGCAGAGUCCAAGAACACUCUCCUCGGAGCCUCCACCCUUUACCUC